GUCUACACGUUUAUCCUCGAACUUACAUUCCAGGAGAACCGAGUUUUGUUCCUCCAUGUAUUACUCGCUCAUACAUUUCAAUCGUCCAAUCUCGUAGAUAAUCGUCGUUCUUUCUUGAAAUCAAGUUUGGUGAGCGCACACGACAGGACAUAACCCGCUCCUUUAAGAUGUGAUCAUAGCCAUACCGCAGGAUGAAAAGAGGACCAAGUGCACAUUGCCGUCGUGGGUACCAGCUUGGAGAGCCCCCGAAUUGCUAAUGUGUCCAUCCCCAAUUUCGAUAACUAAAACACGGAGAGCCGAUGGUCAGGUCAACAUCUGCGCAGGUGGAUCACAGUCACCUCAACCCUCUAUCAAAGAAUGCGAUCGUAUCUUGUUCGCGAAGGGGUUCAAACUCGAUUCAAUACGGUCUCUGGGUGUAAAGUAUACGAUCGAUUUUCCCAGCCAUGAUUCCAUGCAGACAAUGCAAUGAUAGAAGCCUUGCACCGCCACGGAAUCACUAUUCAUUUCGACUGGGGGAGAGCCUGUCUUCAAAAUAUAAAAGAGGACGACUUAGAUGGAAGAGGGAGCCAUCAAGAAACUUCGGAAAGGAUCAUGAGAGAUAUCCUUGAAACGGAAGAACUAUUCUUCAAGGACAAGGUACUCUAUCCACAAUUCGGUGCUAUGAUGCAAACAGAAAGAGACAAUGGCGCAGGAUGGUGGACUAGCUUCUUCAAAUAUUUGGUAUAUCGGAUAGUAUUCAGAAAUGCUUCAAGCAAGAUAAGAAAGAGGAUAGCAUCUGGAGCAGAAAUCCAUCCUAUCGCCCUUGCCGUAUUUGCAAAUUUGGUAGGUCGGCGAUUCUCAAUCACAGGAUCAAGGUCGAUCGGCACUGUUCCUCAUACAACCCAAGACGGAGAUCUCAUAUGCAUUCUACUCGGAUGCUCAUGGCCAGUUGUGCUUCGCUAG